GAUAGUAACACGGAAUUGAAACUCGAAGUAGUUGUAAUAUUUUGUGUUUUAUUGUAAUUAACAAAAAAUAUAUCUUUCCAUUGAAUUUAAAAAUGAAUGAAAAAUAAUUAUAAAAAAGUAUUGUCUUAAGUUGUAUAUUCCUUCAUUUUCGAAAAUAUGCCAGUAAUAAAAUGUUCAGGUUAACAUUAGGAUUAUUGGGAAAUUACUUUUGAACUGUUGGCGAAACUUGUUAUCAAUUCGUCAUAAUUUGGAAAGAAAGGGUUAUGCCAUUUAAUAUAAUAUUAUUAAUGUUUUUGUGUAUUUCCCCAUUUUAAUAAUGAAAAAGUCUCAACCAAAUUCUUGAUUAUGUUGAUGUGAUAAAUUGUGUGUAAUGAUGAUAUAAUUGUGUUGUGCCAUUAUAUGUCAUGAGUUCCAGGAUCAGGGAUAAUGUGAAGCAUUUCUUCGAAUGUUUUUGUGAAGUAGUUCCUCCUAGUGAAGGCCAAGAGCCAUGGAUAAUUCAACAAUAUCCAGACAGCUACAAAGAUGUGGAAGUUUUGAAAUCAGUUCCAAAAUUUGCUUAUCCUUACAAGUUCAAAAAAUUUUUAGAUACCACUGCAGUAUUAAUGCAUAGUUCGAGAAGCGAAGAUCUCAGAGAAUUUUUAACAGCAGUAUACAAUGCAAAGAUAGCGGAACCAGGAAGACAAUUCGUAGUUCUACUAAAUAGAGGUGAAAGUAGUUUUUCAGUUGAUGUUCCAAGACCAUUUCAGUUGCCCAGUAUACCUGAAAAUAGGAAUCUCACCGAGUAUUUCAAUGCCGUCGACACACACAACAUGAUGGUAAUUUUUGCAUCGAUGUUAUUCGAAAGGAGGAUAAUAUUUCGUUCAAAAAAACUGAAGAGACUAAGUGCCUGUGUUCAAUCAGCCAACGAUAUCAUUUACCCAAUGAUAUGGCAACACAUUUUCAUACCAGUGUUGCCAAUGUCUCUCAUAGAUUAUCUCUUAGCACCGAUGCCAUUUCUAAUUGGAGUUCCAGAAGAAGUUUUUAAGCAAGUAAGAAGAAGUGAGAUCGGAGAUGUCGUGAUAUUAGAUGCUGAUGCUAAUACAAUUGAAACCCCUUUUGAUGACUUGGAUAGCCUUCCUCAGGAAGUGGUGAGUUCUUUGAGGAAGCAAUUCAAAAACAAACAACUGGGAGAUGGUGUCUCUAGGGCAUUUUUGAGAGCAUUGGUUCAGUUGAUAGGUGGAUAUAGAGAUGCAUUAAAGUUUCAGCCUGGACAGAAAGUAACCUUUGAUGAACAAAGGUUUAUCGAAACAAGACCUAUGUCCCUACAACCGUUUUUGAAAGAAAUGUUGCAUUUACAAAUAUUUCAGCAGUUUAUAGAGGAACGUCUUACAAUGCUGAAUACAGGUCAAGGCUUCUCAGAUGAAUUUGAAUUUGAAAUUGAGAGAUACUCUGCAAAAUCGGGUUCUAAAUUGAAACAACAGUAUAAAGAAUGGACAUCGACGAUGAAAAAGGAGGGAACUGCAUUUUUCAAAAGUGUAAAGGAUAAGGCUAAUCCUGCUAUGAAAUCUGCAGUCAAAACGGUGAAAGAUGGCGGUAAAGGGAUGAAAAGUGCUUACAAAGGUUUGCGUUCCAAGCUGAAAGACAAUCAAAGCCCGCAUCAGUUGGAAAAUGGCCUAGACAGAGGUGAGAAGCACCAUUCUGCACCAAAUUCUCCUACUGGCAAACGACGUACAAUAACAGCAGUUACAACAUAUCGAAAAGAUGCAGCAAUGGCUCUAAAAAGUUCAUCUAUGCAGAGAUCCUACAGUCCACUUGGUCACUCUUCUCCACCAUUAUCACCUGAUGAAUUGGAUACUCCAAGAAGCAGUAGCCCUGUUGAAAUACCCCAAAUUGAUUUGAUGAAUGAGAUGGAAGACUUAUUACAGUUACGCCUUGAUACUCCUCCUGUAGAUAGAUCAUUGAAGCCAGUAAGAAGCCUGGAAAACUUCAAAAACACCUCACCAGUAAACAGCCCAGAUCGAUGGCUAUUGAAUACCCGUAUUAGCGCAACGGCAGCAUCACCAUCUAAUUGCUUUUUCCUUCAGAAUCUUGGUCAUUCCCAGGAAACCCAAAACCUCCUGCAAUCCCCAGACGAUAUUUUCCUUACCCCUCCAGUACCUCCUAGAGUGCCGCCUAGAGAUGAUAGUAGGGAUUUCUUUAGCAGUACGCCUUUUGUCGUUGGUGGUGGGCACAGUGAAAAUGGAGAUCCCUUGUUUUUUGUCGCUAACCAGCAUUCGGUUGAUAUCGUUAAACUGUCACCCCCUACGUGUCUGCCUAGGCGGAAGCACAAUGAAGACACAGAGGACCUCAUAAAGUUGGAUUCAACAUCAGAUAUAGAUGACUUUGAUCCUCUGAAGUCCACACCUUCACUACAAAGUAAUUCCUCUAAACUUCCAUUAUCAAUAUCAAACCCAGUGUACUCAUACGAAAACCAUUCUUUGAAACAGAACGGUAGCAAUUCACAUUCUCAACAAAGAACAAAAAUAGAGUGCAGUCGAAAUGAUCAGGAUCUUUUGCAAGAGUAUGGUUUAGAUUUCAGUUUUUCGACAAUUCCGAACCAGAGUAAUUUUGAUCCCUUUCAAACAAAUAAGGUCAAUUUGCAAAGUCAAUGGACAAAGUUCGAAUGAUGUGCAAAAUUGUUUUGUUUUAAAAUUUUAUUUAUACAAUCACGUUUUUAUUUAUAUCUUGAUUAGAAAAAUAUAUUACUCAUUUUUAUUGUUUGUUAUUUCAUUUGCAGAUGUAUUAGUAAAAUCUACUGUAAAAUCCUCAAGUUAUUAGGCACAACAUAUAAAAUUUCUCCUAAGUAGGGAUGUAUUCAGCCUACUGCAUAUCCUUAAAUCAAAAAGACACUGAGGUUUAUUUUUGAAGUAUAGAAUUAGCUGUGAUAUAUUUGUAACUUUCCUUAAAUAUAUGUAGAUUUUAUUACUAAUCCAUAUAUUUGUUAAUUUGCACAGUGAAAUAGUGAUAUUAAAUUUUUAAAGUAUA